AUGAUCGGUCCGGGACGAAACGAAUAUAGAAACAUGAUGGUACAAGUUGCUGUUCAGCAAAAUCAAAUACCUCCAAAAAAUCCCUCGAAAAGACUGGAGUGUUAUCAAGAAAGAAGUUCGGCCAAAAAAGCCCUAGUGUCAGCUCACAAAGCUGAUCACGAAUAUCGCAACAGUUUGUCAUAA